AUGGAUCUCCGCAUUCCCCUCUCAUGCGUGUUCACCGCCGCACUCACACCGCGCCACGAGGUACCGCAUCGCACGCUGCGUCUCGACUUCACCCACCCCUUUGUGCACUAUCUUGACUCCGACGACACGCGGCUCCCGCAGCACCCGGCGCUGAACGUCACUGCGCAGCCGGCGGAGGCGUACGAGACGUACGUUGGCGAGGAUGUCUGGACACGUGAGGGAGAAGAUACGAAUAACACUGGGAGUACUCACAAUGGUGCAUCUUCCGCUUCCACACCUUCUUUCAAUGAAGUAGUGCAGUGGGUGAUGGAGGCCAUUGCUGAGGUGGGUGGUGAUGGGUGCGGGGUGGUGUUGUGUGGACGGUACGUUGUAGCGGACGACUGUGGAUGGGCGGUUUCCUCGCGAACCCCAACAUUGUACUCACCGAGGGAAGUGUUUAUCGCGAUGCGUAAUUCGUCCAAGUUCUUGCAUGAUAUACACCACCAACUACAUUAUAAGAUGAAUGAAAAUUGUGAGGGUUCUCAUGAGGCAUCAACAGUAGUAGCACCAUCAGCAACAACAGGAACGGCAAGAGGAUGUGUGGAGGUGACACUUGCGAGGGCAUUGGGAGGUGAUCCUGUGAAAGAGUUCCGUGUAUUUAUGCCAUAUCGUCUGCAUUUAGUGGAAGGUGGUAAGAAGAUAUUUGCAGAGGUUUGGGAACAAAAUAGGUUCGCUGGAAUAAGUCAGCGUGCAACAGAUAUCUGUAUCCCCAAACUAAUGGAAUGGGAUGAACAUACACAUAAUGAGAACUAUGCUCUUGUGAUGCAUCAUGUGGAAGAGGCCAAGAUAUUAGAAAAGGCACUUGAAACAGAUGCACAACUACAAGGGGCUUUGCUUCGGCGUUUGGGUUCAUUAAAUUGUUUAAAUAAAGAAUCUAUUAUAGAGUCAUGCUUUGUAUUGCUUUCAGUAGACAUACUAUUUGAGAAUCUAUCGUUACCGCUUCAUCUACUAAGCGCAAAAGUAAAGUUUUUUUCUCAUGACAAGGUAAAAGAUUCUAAGUUUCUCUUUCCUUUCAUCAAGGAAGAAGAUGCAGCAGUCAACGGUAGCAACACCGAUGAAGACAUAAGUGAUACAGAAAGUGACAAGGAUAAUAGGGAGGAUGAAGAAGAAGAUGAGGAAAAAUUGUACGAUUCUGUUAGUUUUUUUCGUCUCUUUCGUGAUAUUACGAACUGGAAUCAAUAUGUUGAAAUCUGGCGAGAACGGUAUUAUGUAAAGGGUAAUAAUGCAGAGAACUCGGAAAAAGAGAAAAAACGGUAUUUUGUUAUCGCAUCUGAGCGCAGUGACCUAGCCUGCACUACCGAAAGUAUAAUGAAACGUGGAGUACCACUUGAAUUUAUGUGCCCAGAACUGAUGCAAGGCGAUGAAGACUUUCAACGAGAGUGGCGGGAAAAACUCAUGCAUUGCAUGAAUAUGGCAAAACCCCCUAAUGGGAGUUCGUAA